AUGUCGACAAAAAGUGAGAAGAAGUCAACAAAAUUGUCAGAAGCAACAGUCGUGGAGGACGUAGAGCAGAAAAUUGCUCAGGAGACCGACAAGAGCCCUAUGUUUGUGAUGGAUUCAGCGAAAUGGGAAGAAUGUUUGGUUCAAGCGCAGAAUGUUGUGGCCGACGCGAUCAAGAAAGCCAAAGAGGUUGCCGUAAACGAUUCAAAUCUCCUGGAACAAGAAGCCGAUUAUGUGUUGAAACCGGUUAUGGAUAUCAAGGAUGUAUUUGUUGAGUUGAUGAAAGGACAGGCAAAAGAGAGUGUCGGAGCGUCGCCAAAUGAAAAGGAAGCCAAAAUUUUGCGAUAUCUAGCAAGAUGUGGUGUAGAAGAUGUCAAUGAAGUUUCAAGAUUAUUCGAGAAAGGAGCUAGUCAGAAAGGUUUGAUGAAAGAGUUAGAGAAAACAAAUGAAAUCAUUGUUUUACAGAUGAAAGAAAUGAAAAGCAAAUUAGAAGCUCAAACGAAAAUCGUCGCAGAAAAGGAUCAAAGUAUUGCCAGAUUGGAAGAGAAAAUGAAAUGUUGUGGAGAAAAGCGAUUACGUGAUCAAUCACCAACACCGAGUGUGCAAGUUCGCGAUUUUGUUGAUGAUGAUGAUGGAAAAUCGUCGAUGUCUGAUGAAUCCGAAGUUGAGCAAGAUGGUGGAAAUAUGAUGGGAAAUGGCAAAAAGAGUGAGUGUUUGGGAAAUUUUAAAAAUUUUCAUAAAAAGCGCGGCGAAGAAGUUGGAUGUGAAAAAUCUAAUACUGAGAAAUGGGUUAGAUACCUUCCGAAUGAUGAUGAUGCAAAUGGAAUUGAUGUUGGAAGUCGCAAGGAUGAAAAUCUGGAACCAAGUGCGAAGGAAAAGAAAAAGAAGGAGUAUUCGGAUAUUGGAAGAUGGAUGCGCACAGGAGCGUUGCCAGAUCCACCAGUUUUCACUGGAAAAAGCGAUGAGAACUUCGAAGAAUUUAUGACAGUCUUCAAUAUGAAGUUUGGAACAAUUUUGAGCAGUAGACGGGAGAAAUCGAUGUUGUUAUCGGGAAAGUUCCUCGGCGGAUCUGCGAAGAAAGUGUUUGAAUCGAUGGAUAUCGAGGAGAAUUGGACGUGGGACAAACAAGUCCAAGAGUUUGAGAAACUUCUCAACACGUCAAGAGUCAACAAAGCUGAAAAAGCCAACGAAGAUUGGUUAUCAAUGGAACGAAAAUCGGAUGAAUCGCUCAUGGAUUAUUUGAUUGAGAUGGAAAGAGUUGCAAAAUUAGCAUUUGGAAAUUUGCCGAAGUUGCAAAUUGACAUUUUGAAGACGACAAAGUUGCUCCAGGCAACAAGAAGAAAUUCAAUGCUAAGUGGAUUGUUGGUUAUGAAAAGAAGCGAUUUGGAAAAAGGAAAACAGUACGCACCACUGAAAGCGGCUGCUCUUCAAUUUGAACAUGACGAGAAAAAACGUGAAAAUCGCAAAAAUCGAGACAACAAAGAAGAGAAGAUCAAAGAUCAAAAGAAGGAAUCUGAAAAAGAAUCGGAAGAUGAUGAGGAGAAACCAAGAUGUUACAAGUGCAGAAGUACCGAUCAUUUUGCAUCGAAAUGUCCAUUGAAAGAAGUUAAACGAGUCAAAACAGUCGAAGGAGACCAGAUUGAAAUCAAGGAAAAGUCGAAAAUUGCCGGUAAAAUGGUUGAUAUUUUGAUUGAUUCGGGAGCUGAUGUUUCGUUGAUGUCAACUGGAAUGCUCGAAUAUUUGAAAGAAGGAUUGAAAAAUUGGCAAGAGAAAGUUCGGGAAAAGCCUGCGGAAGAUAUGAAAAUUUUUGAUGCAAAUCAAAAAAUCAUCAAAGUUAUAAAACAAGUUGAAAUUGAGGUUGAAAUCAAAGGAAGAACAUCGCAAAUCAAUUUCGAGAUUGUGAAGAACAAAUCCAAAUUUGUUAUUUUGGGAUCAAAUUCGUUUGGACAAUUUGGAAUUUAUUUGGCGUGGAAAUCAAAUAUUGUGGUUUCUUCCGGAGAAGUGAAAAGAAUUGAAAGAAAUUCUGCGAAUGUUUCAACAGUUCAGAUCAAAGAAGCGACAAAAGUUCCUGAAAGAAAAAGCGCAGCGAAAAAUAAUGUUGAAAGAAAAAAGGGAUUUUCGGGUGUUCAAUGUAAUUAUUUGAAUUAUUCCAGCUCGAAAUCGAGAAAAGUGGCUACGGCUGAGAGAUAUGCAGCGGAUUGUGUUGGAAAGUUGGCGGGAUCCGGUGGUUCAGGUGUCGAAGGUCGACCGAACAAGGAGCCAAUUGCACUAGUUGGUAUUUCGAAAAUGUCAUUGGAUGUUGUGGUUCGCAAAUUCAUUGAUGGUCUGGCUGACGAGGUGGCUGCUCAAGUUUUGGAGCGAUUGAGCCACGAAGCUGAUAUUUAUGGUGGUGGAGAUUGGAUAGAUCGAGACAAGCGACAUCCGUUGAUCGAGAAGGAAUUCGAUACAGCUGGUCCAAUUUAG